UUACUUUUGACAUAAAUGUAAACGUAAUAUUUUGUCACCUUCACGACGUUCGUGGUAAUAACAUGUUCAACUACUUCAUACAUUAACUCGAAUCCAGGUUGUGUUGUUAGAUUUCGAGAAAAUUAACAACUACGGAAGAAGUUUUAAAUUCUCUCAUUGACUUCUGAAACCCCAAACGCCGACCUGGUCCGUAUGAUCUGUUUCUCAGUCGUACCCGGAAGUCCCGUAUUGCUGCGCCUCUGGGUUAAGGCGGUAGAAACUGUGCGGACAGACCGUCGCUAGCUUACAGUUGAUAAACGAAUUUAGCUACAAUGGGAUGUGUUUACUACAAAACAUCACAAAGCAAGAAGAAAUUCCCACCGGCAGUUAUCUGUAUUCUUCCACCAAACAUCUUGUUACACAAGGAGACCAAUAAGGAGCCUUCCCUGGGAACUCGCUCAUCAUUCAGGCAUCUCUGUGGAAAGAUCAAGCCUUUUAUUGAUUUUGCCAUCUAGGUGUUGCUGACCUCCUAUGGAAGUGGACCUCCUCCCUCCAGAAGCGCCAUGCGAGGGUAUCACUCCAAGCUGGACUCAUCCUCCUCUGCUGGGGGUACGGGUGGCUCCAUGCCCCUGAGCCUGGCCGUGGAGACGGAGAAAGCCCAGGCAUUGCUCCAGACCUUCUCCUCUGCCUCCCUACUGGCCAGCACUGCGCUGGGGGCCUUCUGUGUGCUGGCUGACCACGUCAUGCAGCUGACCCUACUCCAACAGCACCUGUGGCUGCGGGCAGUGCUAGACAACACCGUCCAUUGUCUGAUAGGCCUCUGGUCCUGGGCUAUCGUCAUUGGCCUCAAGAAGAAGAGUGACUUCUAUGAAGUUAUCUUAGCAGGGAUACUGGCCUCUGUUAUAGACCUGGAUCACUUCUAUAUGGCUGGCUCUCUGUCGCUCAAAGCAGCCACCAGCCUGCCCCACCGCCCCCCCCUCCACUGCUCCUCUCUAAUCCCUGUCCUCUGCUUCUCUCUGAGGCUGGUGCUGUGGCUGGGCAGGCUAAAGGACUCGUGGUGUUCUCUGCCCUGGCUGCUGUUUAUCUCCCUUGCCUCACACCACAUCCGAGACGGGGUCCGCCAUGGCCUGUGGGUGUGUCCGUUCGGCAACACGGCCCCCAUCUCCUAUUGGCUGUAUGUGAGCAUCACAGCCACCCUGCCACACCUGUGCUCUGUGCUCAUGUACCUGACAGGAACUCGAGACGUGAUCUCCACCAAGCACGGCAUCGCCAUUGACAUCUGAUUGAAGGAAGGGCCAACACUACGCCUCCCUAAUAGCACCCUAUUCCAUAUGUAGUGCACUACUAUUGACCAGAACCCUAUUCCUUAUGUAGUGCACUACUAUUGACCAGAACCCUAUUCCUUAUGUACUGCACUACUAUUGACCAGAACCCUAUU